GUGUGUGUGUGUGUGUGUGUGUGUGUGUGUGUGUGUCGGUACGGAAGCCGAGCUGGGACCGGGCUGCAGCGGCCGCGGGUCUCCACCCGAGAGUAUGGCGGCUGGAGACGCACAGGAGAGCGGAGGAUGAGAGGAGACACUUCAGAGAAGAUGGUGAAAAAGAAAGUCAAAAUACUUCUUUAACAGCCCACGGCGUCGCUGUAGCUUUAAGUUUAUUUUAUAGGAGCAGCUUGGAUAAAAAUUGCGCUUCUUGUUGUUUUUCUUUUCUUUUUUUUCCCCCCACCAGCGUCCUGGAUGGAGUAAGUUUGGUAAGCAGAUGAAAGCCGGCGCGGUCCACAUCAAAGAGCGAUAUUUUUGCUUCCUUCUCGUGCACAUUUCGGACAGCUGCUCCUCCGGUAGGUCGUGUAGCUGCUGCCAGUCUCCGGCCUGCAAAUGGGGAAUUUCUACAAUGAAAUCCACCUUGGGGCGCCGAGUCUUUGUGCUCUGCCAUAGUCGAGCCACGGCGCAGGGAGACGGUGUGUUUUUGACCAAAAUGGGACGCGAAUGGUGAGCGCGAGGGCUCGUUUCGAUGCCGCGAGGAGAUUGAUCGCUUACCGACUGAUUGAAGCCACGAUGCGCGAGUACAAAGUGGUGGUCCUGGGCAGCGGUGGGGUCGGGAAAUCAGCCCUCACCGUGCAGUUCGUCACCGGGACGUUCAUCGAGAAGUACGACCCCACCAUAGAGGACUUCUACCGCAAGGAGAUCGAGGUGGACUCGUCCCCGUCGGUGCUGGAGAUCCUGGACACCGCCGGCACCGAGCAGUUCGCCUCCAUGCGGGACCUGUACAUCAAAAACGGCCAAGGCUUCAUCCUGGUUUACAGCCUGGUGAACCAGCAGAGCUUCCAGGACAUCAAGCCCAUGAGGGACCAGAUCAUAAGAGUCAAAAGCAUCAGAUAUGUGUGUUGCUUUUUCACAUGUUUAACCAUACCACUGACAGGGCAAGCUGAUUCACAGACAAAUCUCUUACAUACCAGAUGCUGUAACCUCUGCGAAAUAUACCCAGCCAGGAAUACCCAGAAUUCAGUGCAACAGAGAGACUCUGCAGAGAGCCUAGGCAGCGUGAGCUCGGUUCUGCAUAGGAGAACCUGUGGUUUAAUCUCAGCGCACGGGGAGAAAGGAUGUGCUGAUGUGUCGGCGCUGGUGAUCCAGAUUGCAUGAUGUCAUCAGGCAGAGCUGCUCAUUGAUACAGGAGAGGCGGUUGUCCCAUUGCCCCUGCUCUGAAUGCUCUCCAGCUGACAUUGCAUGAUGUCAUAAAACCCACUGAGAGCUCAAAUGUGCAGUGUCAUGGAUAUCCUUUUGCUGUUUCCUUUUUUAUAUAUAAUUGUGGGGUUCUGUGUGCAACGAGCUGCAACAGUGGCCUCAUCCUUCACUGUAGUUGUCAGUGGAUGUGCUCCCAUCAGUCAAAGGAUUCCAAAGGGUGAUUUUAUUAAAAUGAGCUUAAGCUUUUAGUGUUUAGUGAUACACCUAAUUACUUUAGAUGAUCCUCAGCAUAUGGACAGAUCAGACAAAUCAUCCCUGAGGAUUGCCUUUUAGUGUCUGUUGUGACACUCCCGAUCCAUUCUGCCUCUAGAAAAUAAAACCAUAAUCGGCAUGCACAUUUGUGUUUCUCUAUUUUAGUUUUUGUCACCUGACUGAAUUUACAAAUGCCACCCACCAACAUCCCCAAAACAGUCCUAAUAAUACACGGCUUCAUUUGAAAGAAUGAGGCCAACAUGUUUCUUCCACAUGGGUUAAAACUGGGAAAAGGUGUAUUUUUUAUGUGUGUGUAUGUGUGUUUAUGUGUAAAUAUGUGUACGAACACACAGCAGAUGCAGCCAGGCUGUGUGAUUUCACACCUCACACAGAGUCUGUUGAUGUUUUCUGAGAUCGCAGCAGACAUUUAUUUAUUUUUUUACCUUUUUUUGUGAGAUAAAACCAUCACACCUCACACACAACUCCUACACAACUGUUAACUUCAGACAGCUUCUGAAGUUAUGCUGGAAAAAAGGCCAAAAAGAUUAGGUCAAAAGUAGUGCAUGCUUUGUCCUAAAGGGUAAUUUUGUUUUGUUGAAGUGUGGUUUAGUGACAAGUUUAUGAACAUUUAAUAUCUUACCUGCUGUAGAUAGCUUUUUCAACAAACAUUUACAUCUCCAUCAGUUUCACUUUGCAGCUGUUGGCAGAAACAUUCCUGCAGAAGUGCUCCAGCUAGCUCUUGUUGCUUUUUUAAGUUUGCACAAAGCUAAAUAAAUCUUUAUAAAAAAAAUGUGAUGUCAAAUUGAUGCCCAUUUUUCAGGAGAGUUAAGGGCUGCUCCUAAUGAUUGACUGUCAGCUAAUCUGUAGAUAAUUUUUUUUGAUAAAUUGGUUAGUUGAUUAGUCACGUUAUUUCUAUCACAGCGUACCUCGUUCCUGUGAGCACACAUCCUGUUACAGCUCCAGUACAGGUCUGGUGUAGCCUUCACAGCCCCUAUCCUAAGAUCAAAAAGAAAAAAAUUGUGCCUCCUGGAGGCUGGGCUUAAAAGCCUGAAUUUUGCCUGA